ACCAGUUGUAGCAAUUCAUGUGCUAGAAGAAUCUAUAUAUCUUAAAGUUCUCGGACGAGGUUUUUGAACAGAAAUCGAUACAUAGGACUAGAGGAUUAAAAACAUUUGCAUGAAGUUGAUGAAGAAGAAGGUAAUCCUAAUUCCAUUUCCAGCACAGGGACAUGUUACUCCCAUGCUUAAACUAGCUUCAAUCCUCCCAACUUUUGGCCUCAAACCAGUGUUGAUUGUACAUGAAUUCAUUCACGAUCGUAUUUCCGCUCAAAUCAAUGCAAGAGACGGGAUUUCGUGCAUGUCAAUUUCGGAUGGCUUACCGGUAGAAAUGCCUCGGGAUUUCUUUUCGAUUGAAAAGGCUAUGGAGGAUUAUAUGCCAUCGCGUUUAGACGUCGUUAUUCGGGAGCUCAACGAGGACGGAGAUGGUGGAAUUUUGUGUUUCAUCGUUGAUUUAUUGGCAUCUUGGGCGAUUAAUGUUGCUAAUAAGUAUGGAGUACAAGUUGCUGGAUUUUGGCCAGCCAUGCAUACUACUUAUCGAUUGAUUGCUGCAAUUCCUGCUAUGGUCCGGACUGGCAUCAUUUCUGAAAACGGGUGCCCACUCCAUGAAAGUCCAAUAUGCUUGUAUCCGGGCCUACCUACACUGACUACAGACGAUCUGCCAUGGCUAAUUGGUUCUUCAGCAGCAAGAAUAUCAAGAUUCAAAUUCUGGUCAAGAACAUUGGAUAGAUCAAUUAACCUCAAGUGGCUCCUAAUGAAUACGUUUCCUGAUGAAUGCCAAGAAAAACAGUUUAUAUCGACAGGUGUUCAACAACAUAUCCAAAUUGGACCUCUUAAUAUCCACUCGACAACAAGAAAGAUUAGUCUCAGUUUCUGGCAAGAAGAUAAGGAUUGCUUAGAAUGGUUAAACACUCAGAAUUAUGGUUCCGUCGUGUACAUCUCAUUUGGAAGUUGGGUUAGCCCGCUCGAAAAACUAAAGAUUAAUAACUUAGCAAUGGCCCUCGAGGCAUCCCGGAGCCAAUUCCUUUGGGUUCUAGGUUCCUCGUGGCGCCAAGGGUUACCAUCGGGGUAUGCUGAGAAAGUGGCGGGACGAGGAAGAAUCGUUUCAUGGGCACCUCAAACCGAGGUGCUGCGACACGAAGCUGUGGGGUGUUAUCUUACACACUGUGGAUGGAAUUCCAUAAUGGAGGCUAUACAAUGCAAGAAACCUCUUUUGUGCUAUCCAGUAGCUGGAGAUCAGUUUGUGAAUUGUGCCUACAUUGUUGAUGCCUGGCAAAUCGGAGUAAAGAUUAAAGGGUUUGGAAGAAGGGAAUUAGAAGAAGGGUUUAGAAGGUUGAUGGAAGACAAUGAAAUGAACCAAAGAAUCUUGAGACUAAAUGAGAAGUUAUUUGGAAAUGAGGGUAGGUCUAAAUCCAUGGCUAAUCUAGCAAACUUUGUUCAUGACAUCAAGAAAUUUGCAGACACUCAUUAGAUAAUUUUCGAUAAUGGGACCGAGUCACAGCUACAAUGUAUUGUUUGUGCUCAUGUAUCAAUAUGACUAUUGUAUCGAAAUAUUGCUAACACAAGAAAGAGAAACCAUAUUAUCUCAUCCAAGCCACUCAAGAAAUUUAUUAAUAAUAGAAGGAGGUUAAUUUCUUGUUAGUUAGAGAGAGGAGGAAAAAAAAGGUAGUUGUUUCAUGGGACCCUCUGUUUAUAUGGGCGUUGAUCCCAAUUGUCAUAGGACUUAUGUGAAAUUUAACAAACUCCUUACAAUGGUGUCGAUGUU